GGAUUACUAGAAGGAGUCUAUUUGGCUGAAAUUGCACACGUACGCCAACCUCGUACUACUUGUGUCGGGGCCGAUAGACACCAUAAUUACACUCUACAUCAACUCGAAUAGUUCACAUCGUGCUCACAUCCAGCAAUAACGACAAAUCCUACAAACUGCAUGGUCUACACUUUAGCCCCAAGAGCUAUACGCCUUCUGCACUCCCAAACUUUCCAAUCGUUAUAUCCCAGACUCGGUCUUGAAUGGGUCCAAGCUACCUCAUCAUCGUAGUUGAAAGCUUAUUAUUCUUAGACCGAGCUAAGCUACAGGCGCUUCAAUGAUCUCAAUGUCGUCGGCGUCGACAUACGUACCUAAUAUCGAUGACGUCCAUGCGGAUGCUUCUGCCUCGAACCGCGAUCCUUUCAAGUUCAGCCAUGGCCUCACUGGCGUGGACCAACCAGCGAACUACCUCUUCGUCAACAUUCUCGUUGCGACCGCUCUGAUACUGGUCAUUCUCGCGAUAUCCUUUCGCCUUUUGAUUGGUGUGCGAAAUUACGAGCGCCGAAUCUCAGUUAUUAAUGCUUGUCGGAAGCAAGACUUUUGGAAGAAAGAUCGACACCCAUGGUGGGGACUACUGAAGAGAUAUUUUCUAUACGCGCCGGUGUUGGCCAACCAGCACGACCGCGAAAUAAGAAUUUCGAAGACCAUCAACGUGGGCACCCUUCCUACACGACCCCAGCUGGCUGUAAUCAUUUUCUACGUCGUCAGCAAUGUUGUAUAUUGUGCAGCCAUACCAAUGCGACCUCGAGCGCAGAUGUUGGCAGAGUUUCGGGGAAGAUGCGGCACCCUCGCAGCCUUCAACAUGAUCUUUAUAGUGCUGUUUGCUCUUCGGAACAAUCCCUUCAUACGCAUGCUCCAUAUUAGCUACGACACGUUCAAUCUCUUUCAUCGGUGGGUAGCAAGAUUGGGGGCUUUGGAAUCUAUAGCCCAUGUCUUUGCCUUCAUGUUCAACGCUUAUCAUGUCAGUUAUGAAGGAAGAGGUGGAUGGCACAGCGUCAACUGGAUAAUCCACCAUUCGCUUUCUUAUCGAUGGGGUUUUGCAGCCUUGUUCACAAUGAGCUUGCUGGUGCUGCACUCAAUAAGUCCACUCCGGCACGCCUUCUACGAAUCGUUCUUAACUCUACAUCGUAUCGGCAUCUUCAUUGUUAUGGCUGGUAUCUACUUCCAUCUGGUUAAGCAUGCACUGCCACAACUCCCUUGGGUGUACCUCUUUAUCGCUUUCUUAGCACUGGAGUAUUUCGCACGGCUAUUCCGUAUAUUGAAUCUCAACAUCUUCUGGAAGCGAGGAACCUGGACCCAAGUAUCCCUCGAAGCAUUACCAGGAGAGGCAACUCGUGCAACGUUCCUAUUACCCCGUUCGUGGAACGCGAAUCCCGGAUCUCACGUUCACAUCUACCUGCCAAGGGUCGCACUCUGGUCUUCCCACCCCUUUUCGGUCGCAUGGUUCAGCUACGCGAAACCAUCCUCGGAAAAACUUCCAUUAAGCAUCGACGGAGUCCCGGUCGAAGAGGGAACGGGUACUAUAUCAUGUGUUAUUCGUGCUCGAACUGGAAUGACUCGAUCACUUUAUGAGUUGGCAUCGACCGGGAAGGUCUGUCAUGUGAAACUGUGGGGUGCCAUAGAGGGACCUUAUGGCAGUUAUCACUCCUUGGACUCCUAUGGCACGGCUGUGCUCUUCGCUGUCGGAGUUGGCAUCACACACCAGCUAUCUUUCGUGCGACAUCUACUGGCAGGGCACAACAGUAACACAGUCGGAACAGAGAAGAUCCUCUUCAUCUGGUGUAUAACCGAUACUGAGUGCCUCGAAUGGAUUCAACCCUGGCUGGAAGAACUUACAGCUAUGAAAAACUUUCGAGAAGUGAUUCGCAUACGUAUUCACAUCUCGAAAAUGGCCGCGUAUGAGAUUGACGAAACCCAGUUGCCCGAAUUUCUAGAUAUCAGGACAAGAAGGUGCAACCCCCAAGAAGUUGUCGAUGAGGAGAUCCUAGCCCAGGUCGGUGCGAUGGUCGUCUCAGUCUGUGGACCAGGUGGUUUCAGUGACAGCGUUCGGGCGGCCGUGCGACGCAGGGUGUGCAUACGGAGUAUCGACUUGAUCGAAGAAACGUUCUCGUACUAGAGUAUCGCCCAAUGAAAACGGAGUUUUGGCUUGUGCUUUAAAGUGCUGGACAUGGAAACCUGCAGCCAGAUCUUGCCUCCGGCUAGCUACUGGAUCGACCUCGCUCAACGGGUCCAAUAUGACUUGCAUUAGUGUCACGCGUCACAAGUAUUGAUUUUAUGUCUGACCGUAUUGUAAUCUAUUGACAAAGUCCUGUUUUCAACUGUUUGAUCUUGUUAUUAUCGCAUGAUGCCAGUCUCCUCUUACACCUACGUACUCUCACUCA